GUGUGAGCAGUGGGGUGAGCCUGGGUAAUGCAUCCCCAAUCUGUCAGUCUAGCAGAAGAUAUAACAAAACACGGUAGAUGUCAGAAGCACGCACGUGCUCAGAGCCAUCUGUCAAAAAACAUUUUUAACGGAGUCGAUUUGACAUUUGUUGGAGAUAAAAAAGUUUUUGAAGUCAAAAGCACAAGACAAUAACGUGGCCAAUUAUAAACAAUCGGCACUGUAAAUUGCCUACAUAUUUGACAAUGCUUGACUACAGUGAAAAAAUAAUCUUAGCACCGAUGGUUCGCGUUGGGACGCUGCCCAUGCGGCUUUUGGCCUUGGACUAUGGCGCUGAUAUUGUUUACUCAGAGGAACUCAUCGACUGGAAAUUGCUGCGCUCUAUCCGUCGAGAGAACGAUGUUCUGGGGACAGUUGAUUUUAUUGAUAAAACAGACGGUACAGUCAUUUUUCGAACUUGUAAUCGUGAGAAAAAAUGCGUCGUACUGCAGCUUGGAACAUGCGAUGCUGAAAGAGCGUUGAAAGUGGGUAAAAUGGUCGAGAAGGAUAUUGCUGGGCUCGACAUCAAUAUGGGAUGUCCUAAAAAGUUUUCCAUACUUGGUGGAAUGGGAGCUGCACUACUUCAGCAGCCAGAGAAGGCUCAAAAUAUAUUGGUAACUCUUGUAAAAGGACUAACAAUUCCAGUCACGUGUAAGAUCAGAAUAUUCCCAACAAUAGACGAAACUUAUGCUUUAUGCAAGAAACUGGUAUCCACUGGAAUAUCUGCAAUUGCUAUACAUGGAAGAACGAAAGAUGAGAGGCCACAGCACAUGAAUCAUUCAGAUAUUGUACAAGCAGUAGCAAAGCAACUAACAAUACCAGUUAUUGCAAAUGGAGGGUCAAAGGAAAUAGAAAAAUAUUCCGAUAUUUUUAAAUUUAAAAAAGAAACUGGGUGCAGCAGUGUCAUGAUUGCCAGAGCUGCCGAAUGGAAUUGUUCGAUCUUCAGGAAGCAAGGUCUACUCCCAAUCGAUGAUGUCAUCAAAGCUUAUUUAAAGUAUGCUAUAGAUUAUGACAAUGCCCCGUCCAAUACCAAAUAUUGUGUACAAAAUAUUCUCAGAGAACUUCAAGAAACUCCGAAGGGGAAAUUGUUUUUGGAGGCCCAAACUCUUGAGCAAAUAUGCUCCCUUUGGGAAAUGGAUGACUACUGCCGAACAAAACGAAAAGAGUAUCUGGAUCGUGGUAUCCAGGGCAGAUUUCAGGUAAUCCCAACAUCUUUGGAAGAUAGAAAAGGUGUGAAAAGGAAAUUUGAGGAGGAUGACGUGUUCGUGUUACAAUGCGCUUUUCUAAGAAACAGCUACAUGCAUGACUUAGAAUUACCCAAAUCGAGGCUUUUGAAAUGGACGAAAGACAACAGAAAAAAUAUUCCUAUCUACCACACAGAACAAGAGGACAAAUUAUUUCGUUCUGUUGUUUUGGUAAAUGGAAAAAAAUACAGCUCUUCUUUCUGGGAAAAGAAUAAAAAAUGGGCGGAACAAGGUGCUGCACUGGUCUGUCUUUGUUCCCUGGGAGUAGUAGACAGGGAAAAGCUCGAAAAAGAUGGAAGCAUCAUAAAGUGAAUAUCAUUCACUCAAUCUUAAAAAGUCGCUACUUCCACAGUCACGAAAUGUAAUUAAUGGUCGAACGGUUACAAAUGUUGUAAAAUACUACAUUAAAAGCAAAAAAACAUCAUGUGAAAUUUUUUGGUCAUCCCGAGAUUGAAGCCUUUUGUACCUGUUAUGUCUUUCUGUAGAAUUUUUUAGGUUUUAACAUAGAUGUAUUUUGAAUAUAUGAUUCUGAGGAUUUUAGAUCAGGCCACGUGCGUACAUUUACCGACAGAGUUUGACGUUUCCAGAGCGUCUGCCCAUCCCCACCUUAUUCACUUCGGACAAAUUGCACACACACCAGCUUGUCUGGCAAAUGACGACAAAUUCGUCAUAUUCAUAUGAAUUUAUUUCGUGAGCGAGUGUUUACAAAAUAUGGGAGCGUUUUUCGUUACUACUGUUCAGUAUAAUUCUAGAGAGCCAGGAAUUAGACCUAAUUAACCUGCAGAUAAAAGAUGAG